GGAUUGGGUCACCACGAAGACAUUCCUGUCUCGUGAAGCAAGACUGUUUGUAUUUUAGGUUUGCCAGGACUAAUGAAUCCAAACAUUUGGACUCUCUACAGCUUGCUGUUUAUCAAUGCCUCUGACAGGAGGAAGGUUUUUUCUUUUGCUCUCGCUUUUUCUAGAAACAUGACAACAUCCUGGCUGUUGGGGUAGCAAGGAAAGGAGAGAGGGGCUGUACAAGGAAGCGGAACAGGGAGGUCCCGUGGGCUGGGACUCUGGGGUCUGGGGCAGAGCAGGUAGUAGUGCGCAGCCUGGACAGCUGUCUCUGCCCCUCAGAGUGUCUGUCAGGGCUGCUAUGCAGGAGGCGCAGACGGGCCUCUCGCUGAGUCUUGACUCCACACACGCAACGACUGGCCAAGGCUGUGGCUGGCCCUGGAUUACACAAGCACAGACUCUCAACUAAGUGAGCUGGAAGCCCCAGGAGAAGGCCGGGCCUCAGGCGCCCACAUGAUCAGCACAGCCAGGGUACCUGCAGAUAAACCAGUGAGCAUCGCAUUUAGCCUCAGUGAUGCCCCAGAUGAUACACCAUCUGAAGAUGCCAUCCCUUUGGUCUUCCCAGAGCUAGAGCAACAGCUCCAGCCUCUGCCACCUUGUCACGACUCCGUAGAAUCCAUGCAGGUGUUUAAACAGCACUGCCAAAUAGCAGAGGAGUACCAUGAGGUCAAAAAGGAGAUCGCCUUGCUGGAAGAAAGGAAAAAACUGCUCAUCGCCAAGCUGGACCAGGCAGAAAAGGAGAAGAGGGAUGCUGCCCAGCUGGUUCGAGAGUUUGAGGCUCUGACGGAGGAGAACCGGACGCUGAAGAUGGCCCAGUCUCAGUGUGUGGAACAACUGGAAAAACUCAGAAUCCAGUAUCAGAAGAGGCAAGGGUCGUCCUAGCUUCAGCCGAGGAGCGAGGCUGCUGGCUGCCAUGUGCUAGCCAACAAGAUUUGCAUCUUAAAGGGACAGAGAGCAAAAUCUAUUGCUGCUUCUCUUUAUGACCCACAUGGCAAAUGUCUAGAAUGAGUUUAGUGCUGCCUAGCUUCCAGCUUGAGAGAGGGAUAUUUUAUUUUAAGUGGGGGGUCAUUAAUGCAAAGCUGUCACCACCAGUGUAUAUUUUCAGAGAUCAGAGUUCUUUUCCAAAGAUUUAUAUAAAUAUAUAUAUAUAUAUAUAUUUCCUAGUUAGAAAGAUGUGAUCAUACUAUACAUUAUAGUAGAAAAUAAUAAAAAAAAAUAGAAUACUGAUUGGUCUCCCUGAAAACCACGAGCCGUAAAACAAGCCAGGAGGAUGUUCACUGUAGUUUCACAUCUGUGUAUUUUAAAAUUUUAUGCCUUUUCCUAUU